CUUUUAAUAUUAAUAUUAUUAUUUUUUGUCACGACGAUAAAACAUAUUAUUGAAAUAAUAAUAAUAAUAAUAAUAAUAAUACGUUCCGAGGGCGAGCAUAAUCGUUUCGAUCACGUGUUUAUUUUUUUCGUAUGAUUUUAAGACGAUAUUGUUUUUGUUUGCCCGUCGUUCGAGACCCACACAAGACUGAAGUCUGCAACACGCCGAAUUUUCGGUAUUAUAAUAAUACAAUAUUAUUAUCUACAUCACUUGCUCGUAGAUGUAUGCGUAGUAUAUAGCACCAGACAAAAUUCUCGACGAUCGUAACCGACCGCCACUAUCAGAAAAACGGACCGUGACAACGGAGGGCGUUAUAUUUCGUUUUCCGGUCAGGACCAAGGACGUUUUCCGAGAAAAUUUUGAUACCGUAUUACGUGAUAUGCGCAACUGUUUCGGAAUAACAUAAUAGUGAUCUUGUAAACAUAAUAUCAUACGCAGUAAAUCUCAUACAUAUUUACGAAGAACACGCGAUGACGUUACGACGAUGACCUUGUGCGAGUCUUCCGAGGAGAAGGCGUCUCCAACAAAGUUAACGGCUUACCGGAAGGCGAUUGACAACUUGGACAACGACCGGAAAUGGCAGACCGACACGGCAGUGGGAAAGAGGAUCGGCCUGUACAAGCUCAGCGGAGAGUUGGGCAAAGGGAAUUUUUCGCAAGUGAAAACUGGAUAUCACGAGUUGACCAAAGAACGAGUGGCAAUCAAAAUAUUAGACAAGACAAAAUUGACGGCGAAAGCGAAGAAAAUGUUGUCCCGGGAGAUCUCCGUCAUGGAAUCGAUACAUCAUCAAAACGUUAUUCGACUGUUCGAAGUGAUCGAGACUUACACGAAAUACUAUUUGAUAAUGGAACACGCUGCGGCCGGAGAACUGUUCAAGAGAUUGAUAUCCGAGGGUAGAAUGCACGAGUCGGAGGCGAAAAACAUUUUCUCUCAAAUCGUGUUGGCCGUCAAACACCUGCACGACCGCAACAUCGUUCACAGAGACAUCAAAGCGGAGAACGUGUUCUUGAGCUCCAGAGGCGUCGCCAAAUUAGGAGACUUCGGCUUUAGCAUCACAGUCUCGAACGACGAAAAGUUGGAGACGUUCUGCGGGUCCCCACCGUACGCGGCGCCCGAACUGUUCCUGGACGAGCGUUACGUCGGCCGUCCCGUGGACGUGUGGUCGCUGGGCGUGCUGUUGUUCUUCAUGACCACCGCCACGAUGCCUUUCCUCGGCGACAACAUGGCCGGGCUCAGGCGGUCAAUACUGGCCGGGCACGUGGAAGCUCCAGCAUCCAUGUCCCAGCUGUUAAAGUCACUCAUAGUGUCCAUGCUCAACACGUCGCCCGAACACCGGUUCAACAUCGAUCAGGUACUCAAGUCCGACUGGCUGCGCGAGGCGUCCGCGUACCAGAUACGGUUCAACAACAACUCGGUAUACGGUCAGUGGUGCGCUUACCCGACGGCGGCUGGUGCUGAGGUCACCGACACCGAGACGAACGCCAGGCGGGCCCUGGAGGGCCUCGGCAUAACCGACGCGAUGCUCGACGAACACGGUUCGCGGGGGUCGAGAAGCAACGUUGUGGCCACGUACCGGAUAGUGGUCAACAGGCUUUUGCAGCAGCGCAGGCUCAUGGGGCAGCAGCACCACAUGCAACACCAGAACUCGACCAUGCAGCAUCCGCAGACCGCUUCCGGCCGGAAACCCACCAAGACCAAGUCCCGGUUGUGCGCCAUAACGUGAGCUGCAUCGGAACUGCAGCGACGCCCUCAGCUCAGCAAAUCCACACACACACGAGACACCCCCCAUGACCCCUAACACUCGAUUCGGCCGCUUGUCGAAGCGUGUAAGGUCGUUAAAAGUAUAUAAAAAUAAUAUGUAUAUACUAAUCGUAUAUGAUAUCAUAAAUUAAUUAUUAUAUAAUUGUGCAAAGUAUCAUAAUAUUAAUUUACGAUACAUUUUUUACCAUGUAGAACCCUGCAGAGUCUAAGACAAAUUAUUAUCGAGUAUUCCACGGUGUGCGAUUAUUAAGUAUAAUAUUAUUUUAUGAUAUAAUAUGAUAUAUUUAUGUAUAUACAUGUAUAUAUAUAUAAUAUAUAUACAUUACUCAUUAAUAAUGAGUCAUUAUCGUACCAGUGGUGGUACAGUACCACCUAUUGACUAAUUUGACUAUAUGAAUAUUAUAUUUUAAUAUACGACUGCCGGUAUUGGGUUCGUUAUUAAUUUAUAAUAUUAAUGUACAAUAUUUUAUUGUACACGCUCCACGUGCCAUCUACACACUACAUUAUUAUAAACUAUUAUUGCCUACACAUAACAUUAGAUUGAUACGAAUAUACGUGGGUGUAUAAUAUAGAUAAGUGAUAUUGUCAUGUCAAAGUCAUAGAGUACGUUUUACUGUCUUAGACGUACGACGAUUGAUGUGUUAUUGUUAUAGACUUACGCGUAUACGACUACGUAUAAGAGAUCAUACGCAUAGUGUCUAUAUAAAUAAUAUAAUAUUAUG